AUGACGACUACACCGAAGGGCAGUGACGGGGAGCAGGAGACUUUCUUCCAAGUGAACGAACCGACUGGAAGCAGCCUACUGCAGGGCGACUCGAGAGUGGAGUCUACGACGAGCCACCAGACCGCGCGAGUGUCGCACCCGAUUUUCGCUAUAGUGAACCCGCCCAAGGUCUCAUCCAUGGCGCGAGCUGCGCUCGUGAAAUGGUUGAAGUUGCGGAAAGAGUACGAAGAGUACACCAAGGAUCGCUGCAAAGACGGGAAGGAGGACAUUUCUGCGGUGAUGAAGAGCGUCAAGAGGUCGUUUGACGCCAGCAUUCUGGAGACUCUGUGUGAGGUCUGUUGGGGCGUGGACCAGAGAACCGUGACUGAUGAAUUUCUUCUGGAGAAGAUUCACGAGAUUACCGACAGCUUCCAGAACCAGGAGCUACCAGACGUGAAGGAGUUGUUUCAGCGUGGGGCUAAGGAGAAAUGCAAGCUCAUAGUCAACUCUCUUCCGAAAGGACUCAAGAACAAGGUCCAGAAUGAACAGGACUACCGUGUCCCGGAAGCUAAGAGCAACAUCCGGAAACUAUACGAGCUCGUCCGUGUCAAGGCUAAGGAACAGGCAAUUGAAGAACGGGCCUUACAGAAAGCCAAUCCCUCACGCAAGAAAAACGAACGGAAGGAGCAAAAGAGCUCUGGAAAUCACCAGAACAAACGACGUGCUGAGCAAAAUGAAAAUCGAAUGGUCAAGAAGGUGAAACAGGAGAAGGAUUCGGAUCGGAGCCAGCAGAAAGGUGGCCGUUCGGAGCGCUCAGCCACCAAAGGAGCGCCUAAAGAAGGGUGUUUUCAUUGUGGUGGAGCCCACUACCUCUCUAAAUGCCCAACAGCAACCCCAGCCGAGAAGGAAAAGCUGCUUAUUGACCACAAAAAAGACAAUGAAGUGGAAAUCCCGCUUUGUAUUGACAGUGGAGCAGAUCGGUGUUGUCUGGAUGAGAGCUGUUUUGAUCGAUUGGUACAUGUGAAGCCGGAAAUUGUGCGUAUCAAGUUGGAUGAACCUUUGAAUUGCACGAUGGCCGACGGAACAUCCGUUUGUGUGGAUUGGACUGUGAAAUUCAACGUGAGGUUGCGAACCAUCGCUGGUAAUGUUCAUGUUGCUGAGCCGGUUGAGUGUCUUAUCAUUCCCGGUAGCUCCGGCGAAUUCCUGCUGGGAAACGACUUGUUGAUCAAGCUAGGAAUCGACGUUGAGAGGCAGUUGGAGUUAUUGGGGGUGCCACUAGCGGCCGACAAGAACGGAGAUGAAUUUGAUGAUGCCGAUGAACCUGCGAUUUGCGAUUGGGGAUUCAGGGCAGCAUGA